AUGUUAAAACUAUUGUCAAAACACCAUGCGUUGCUCUCAUGUCAUCUUAGAAAAAUUGAAGAUUCAAAAAACCACAGUCAUCUGACAUUUUUAUCUAAUGUAAGUCAGAAUACAAUGAUUUGUAUACUUGGUGAGCUGAUUCGUUCAAAAAUUUUAAAAAGUGUUAAAAGUGCACAAGUAUUUUCUAUUAUGAUAGAUACAACCACCGAUAUAUUCAACUUGGAACAAUUUUCAUUAGUAUUGCGUUUUGUUAAUGAUCAAGGGAUGGUAGAAGAGAGGUUAGUUGCUUUAAAAAUAGCAACUGACUCAACUGGAAAAGGAAUGUUUAAAUUAUUUCGUGAUAUUUGUGAAACAUAUGGCUUGGACUGGAAAAAUCAAUUAUGUGCUCAAUCGUACGAUGGUGCUGCUGUUAUGCAAGGGCAAUACUCAGGAAUUAGAACGUUAGUUCAAGAGCACAAUCCUCGAGCAGUACCUAUAUAUGGUGCUUUGCUCAUACUUUGA